AGAAUGGAUUUACGAUAUAAAAACCCCAAAAAAUAAAUAGCAAAUCAAAAUUAAAAAAUAUUAACCAAAAAAGGAAAAAAAAAUGCAAACAAGAGAAUCUCAAACAAAGAGGCAAGACCACAAGAGCGUCGCUCACAAGCUUCACGCUGCUCAAACGACGACGUACGGAUAAGUCAACAUUGACUGUUUUUUAUUUCACCAGGACAUAUAAAUUGCCAGCGCAGCACUCACACACAAACAUACCGUCUGCUCUGUACUUGGGCUAAAAGUCCCCAAAUUUAUUUCUGUACUCUUUUCCCCGCCAUUUAUCAUUUCUCUCUCCUCCUACUCCCUAUUUUCUCUCUCUAGGGCUAAAACUCAAUUUCCCCCAAAAAUCCAAACUCAAUUGCUCUGCAAUUACUGGAUUUUUCUGGCUUAAAUUCGGUCCUAGAUGUCGAAUCCCGUCGGUGGGAGCGGCGGCGAGGGGGUCCCCACGGGCAUCAGCCUCUCGAACACAGUCCAUUCCGAUGUGGCGUCGUGCUUGCCGCUGCCGUCGCUUCCGGUGUUCUGCGGCGCGCUCGAUCAGGAGCUUCGCCUAUUCGACGGCAGUGGUGGGGAUUCGAGGCGGAAUUCUAGCCGCGCUGAUGUUUCUGGAAAGAUUGCUGAUCUCCUCCGUAACGCCGACGUGUCUUACUUGAAUCUCAAAGAUGAAGAAAACCUACAACCAGGUGGUUCAAUGGGGAACUUUAACCUAUGCAACGAUGUUUUGAGACAUGAUCCUGAAGCAUUUGAGUAUGCCACUCCAGGUCCUGCUAAGGAGUCAAAGUACAGUGGCAAUUUGACCGAGCCAAAGCUCAUUGAGGAGAGCAUGCCUGUUACUAAUCAAGUGUUCAGCAACUCUAUAAGAACUGAAACUUAUCAGCAAGACCAUAAUGUUAAUAAUGAUAUUAUCAGUUCUUCUAGAAAACCUAAAGUAAAAAAGAAACGUAAAGAUGACUUGUCAUCAGCAACGUAUCUUGAUCCACGUCAGCAUCAAGAUGCAGCUAUUGCAGCAUUUUGUGAUAUGUUGGAGGACAUGUGUGGAAGAGCACAAAUUAUUUCUGAUGACCGGGACGAAGCAGAAUGGGUACCAUUGUCUCAUGCUGACCUUAAAGCACUUGUUAAUGACAUCAUGUCGAUUCGAUCAAAGAACAUACUACAUAUGGUUCCUAUGGACAUUCUUUCAAAGACAUUACAGAUUUUGGAUCACCAAAUUCAUCGAGCAGAAGGACUCUCUAUUGAUGAUUGUGAAAACUUGGACGCUGAUGCCGUUUCAUCUAUUCAUUGUGCUCUGGAGUCUAUUCAUGCAGCUUUAGCUAUUUUGGCUUAUGAUGGUUUGCCCAAACAGCUCUAUAAAGAAGAGAAUAUCGAGAGGAUCUUGGAGUUCGCAAGACAUCAAAUUUUGGAUGUUAUGUUUGCUUGUGAUCCAGCAUAUCGUGCUCUGCACAAACCAAAUUACGAUGUGACGCUGGAUGAUGAGGAAGAUGAAGAAGCUGGGCAUAUUGGCUCGGCUAGUAAGAAAAGGCGAACGUCAAAGAGUGCAAGAGUUAAGAAAUCAACAGCAAACAGAAUGUCUACUACCGCCAAUGUUAUACUGCAGAAGUUGUGCACUAUUCUCACUUUUCUCAAACAGCUAUUGUCGAUAGAGCGCCUAUCAGAUAGCUGCAUUCUCCAGCUCGUUAGAACUAGUUUACAAACUCUUUUGGUCGAUAACAUUCAGCUUUUGCAGCUCAAAGCAAUUGGUUUAAUUGGUGGGGUUUAUUAUUCAUACACUCAACAUCGAUCGUAUAUGAUGGAUGAAACUCUUCAAAUUCUUCUGAAGUUGCCACUUUCAAAGAGAGUGCCGAGAACAUAUCAUCUCCCAGACGAAGAACAAAGGCAGAUUCAGUUAGUCACUGCUCUGUUAAUUCAAAUGAUUCAUUAUAGUGCGAACCUUCCUGAAGUUCUGAGGCAAACCUCUGGAAAUCCUUCACUGGACAUUACAAUUGAUGCUGAUUACCCUUCCAAAUGCCAUGAGGCAGUCACAGAGUCCUGCUGCCUCUUCUGGAGUCGAGUCCUUGAGCGAUAUACUGGCACAAAAAAUCAGGAUGCAUCAGAAUUGAAGGCAAUAAUGGAAAAUCUUGUAAUAGAUUUGCUCACUACUUUGAACUUACCCGAGUAUCCUGCCUCAGCCCCAAUUCUAGAGGUUUUGUGUGUGUUACUACUUCAGAAUGCUGGGCCGAAAUCAAAAGAUAUUGCCGCUAGAACAAUGGCCAUUGACCUUCUUGGUACAAUUGCUGCAAGGUUAAAACAUGAUGCGAUCCUCUGUAGGAAGGAAAAGUUCUGGAUUGUACAGGUGUUGAUGAACAGUGAGAGUUCUGAUCCUAGCUAUGCAAGAGAUGUCUGUUCUAUUUGUUUGGAUUCAACAACAGAAGGAUCUAUAUACGUGUGUCAAGGUUGUAAUAGACCAUUCCAUGUUGAUUGUAUGGGAGGAAGAGAGCAAGAUGCUCCUUCUGGUAACUUUGAGUGCCAGAUUUGCUUAUGCGACAAACAACUCCUCGUUUUGAAAACAUAUUGUGAGUCCCAGAAUAAGGAUGACCAGAAACAAAAUCGCAGUCGUUCUGGGAAGUCUUCACGUGCAACAGCGACAAAGCAGGAGAUUACCCAACAAAUGCUCCUGAAUUAUUUGCAGGAUUCAAGCUCUGCAGAUGAACUACACCUCUUCACACGAUGGUUUUAUCUUUGCCUUUGGUAUAAAGAUGACCCCGCUUCUCAACAGAAGUUUUUUUACUUCCUCGCAAGGAUGAAAUCAAGAGCAAUUUUGCGUGACUUUAGUUCCUUCUCAUCCUUUCUGACAAGGGAUUCAGUGAAAAAAAUUACUCUGGCAUUGGGACAAAACAGUUCUUUCGCCAGAGGAUUUGACAAGAUUCUUCAAGUGCUAUUGGCAAGUCUGCGAGAGAAUUCACCUGGGAUUCGUGCUAAGGCAAUGCGAGCGGUUAGUAUUAUUGUGGAAGCUGAUCCAGAGGUUUUGGGUGACAAGCUUGUCCAAACAGCUGUUGAAGGGAGGUUUUGCGACUCUGCUAUAUCAGUUAGAGAAGCAGCACUUGAGCUUGUUGGCCGUCAUAUUGCUUCACAUCCUGAUGUUGGUCUAAAGUAUUUUGAGAAGGUAGCAGAGAGAAUAAAGGAUACUGGAGUAAGUGUCCGAAAACGUGCUAUUAAAAUUAUCAAGGAUAUGUGUACCUCCAGUGCCGACUUUUCACAUUACACCACUGCAUGUGUUGAGAUAAUUUCCCGUAUCAAUGAUGAAGAGUCUAGCAUACAGGACCUAGUCUGCAAGACAUUUUACGAGUUUUGGUUUGAGGAGCCUUGUGCUUCGCAGACCCAUAUUUUUAAAGAUGGUAGUUGUGUUCCACUGGAAUUGGCUAAGAAGACAGAGCAGGUUGUUGAGAUGUUGAGAAGAAUGUCCAGCCACCAAACUCUCGCCGUUGUCAUUAAACGGAACUUAGCCCUUGAUUUCUUUCCACAAUCCUCUAAAGCUGCAGGGAUAAACCCUGUGCUACUUGCUUCAGUACGAAGGCGAUGUGAGCUAAUGUGCAAGUGUCUGUUGGAAAAAGUAUUGCAGGUCGCUGAAACAAACAGCGAGGAAGGAGAAGGACGAAUGCUUCCAUAUGUUCUGCUCUUGCAUGCCUUUUGUCUCGUGGAUCCUACAUUAUGUGCACCGGCUUCUGAUCCUUCCCAGUUUGUGAUCACAUUACAGCCAUAUCUGAAGAGCCAGUCUGACAAUCGAGUGGCUGCGCAGCUGCUGGAGAGUAUAUUGUUUAUAAUUGAUACUGUCUUGCCUUUACUACGGAAGCUCCCUCAGAAUGUCUUGGAGGAACUUGAACAAGACUUAAAACAAAUGAUAGUCCGGCAUUCUUUUCUGACAGUUGUCCAUGCUUGCAUAAAGUGCUUAUGUUCUGCGGGUAAAGUAUCAGGAAAAGGAGCAAGUGGUGUUGAGUAUCUUAUCCAGUUGUUUUACAAACGCCUGGAUGCCUUGGGAUUUGAUAAUAAGCAGCAAGUAGGUCGAUCUCUUUUUUGUUUGGGGUUGUUGAUACGCUACGGUAGCUCGAUACUGCAUGGAUCUGACUCCAACUCAAGAAAUUUAGAUGUUGCCAGCAGUAUCAACUUAUUUAAGAAGUAUUUACAGGCUGAAGAUUUCAUCAUUAAAGUUCGCGCAUUGCAGGCACUAGGGUACGUACUAAUUGCUCGACCUGAACAUAUGUUGCAAAAGGAUGUUGGUAAAAUUUUAGAGGCAACUCUUUCUGCCCACACCGAUGCUCGUCUGAAGAUGCAAUCGCUACAGAACAUGUACGAAUAUCUUCUGGAUGCGGAGAGUCAGAUGGAAAUUGAUAAAGCUAGUAACGGAGAAGUUACACAUUCAGUGGAGGGUGUUCACAGUGUGUCUGUUGCCGCUGGUGCUGGUGAUACUAACAUAUGCGGUGGAAUAGUUCAGCUAUAUUGGGAUUUUAUCUUAGGGAGAAGUUUGGAUAUCAAUGAACACGUGCGCGAAGCUGCUAUCAAGAUUGUGGAAAUUGUGUUGCGCCAAGGUCUUGUUCACCCAAUUACUUGCGUUCCCUAUCUCAUUGCACUUGAAACAGAUCCUGAGGAGGUUAAUUCGGAGCUGGCUCAUCGUCUUCUGAUGAAUAUGAAUGAAAAGUAUCCAGCUUUCUGUGAAAGCCGUUUGGGAGAUGGUCUUCAGUUGUCGUUUAUGUUCAUUCAUUCCAUGAGUGGAGUUCCCCCUGAAGUGUCAAACGGUAAAGCCCAAGCCAGAUUAUUUAACAAUACGAAGGGGAAGUCAGAUGUAGGAUCUUCCAAGCAUGCACGGCAUGGGGUUGCUCGAAUCUAUAAACUCAUUCGUGGAAAUCGCAUUUCAAGAAACAGAUUUAUGUCCUCUGUGGUUCACAAAUUUGAAACGCCUACCUGUAGCGACUCUGUGAUUCCUUUUCUGAUAUAUUGCACAGAGAUUCUUGCUUUGCUACCUUUCACAUUGCUCGAUGAGCCUCUAUAUUUGAUCUAUACUAUAAAUCGAGUGGUACAAGUUAGAGCUGGGACAUUAGAAUCAAACAUGAAGGACUUCUUGCAUUCAUUACAAGGAAAUGAUCAUAACGGUAAUGAUAAUGGGAUGGUUCAGCCUGAUAGGGAAAGAAAUAGCACAAUUGAUGGGAUUAACAUAGUAUCUGGGGAGCUAUAUGGUCAGCAGAAUGAUUUGAAUAUGAAUCCAAUAUCCUCAAGAGAUCCUCAUAGCAUCUCUAGAAGUGAUUUGCAGAAAAUCCAGGCUGACUGUCUAGCAGCUGGUGCAGUGCAACUUCUUCUGAAGCUGAAGAGGCACCUGAAGAUUGUUUACGGCCUAGAUGAUAUCCGCUGUCAGGCGUUUUCUCCAAAUGAAGUGACAAAGACAGUAGAGAGUCUAUCAAAACAGAGUGUCCCUUUCAUUGUUAACGACAUUAACAUUGAUCCACCUAACACUUACGAAGACCUCUUACGGAGAUAUCAGGAUUUUAAGAAUGCACUGAAGGAAGACACCAUCGACUAUUCGACCUACACAGCAAACAUAAAAAGGAAACGACCUCCUCAGAGGAGAGGUGGGAAAGCUGGCAGAAUGAUGGAUAUGGGAGACGAAGACGAUGAAGAUGAUGAAAAUUGGGGCUAUGGUGUAAGCAGCAGGUCAAUGAAAACUCCCCGGGGUAGAGGCACUAACACCAGAAGCAGGCAAAGGCUAUAGUUGUAAAUACUUACAGGUAAAAGCUAACAUGUACAGCUCAUAGAAAUGGGGAGAAAAGCAAAACUAGUAGAAGCCGAAGUUUCAGAGCAAAAUUAAUCAGAAGUAGCUAAAGGGAAGUUUCUCUAAUUUGUGCCGUAUUAGUAUAAUAUGUUCAGAAUAGUUGAUUGUGUUCCCAUUUUUCCAGCUUAUAAGGCUAAUGCCUUGGAAGGCAUUUUAUUUAGAAUCUAGGAAAUUAUUAUAGAACAGAGCAAUUGCUGUUAGGUGACUUUUUGCGGAUGGUGGGGAUAUUUUUGUUAAGGAGGGCCGUAUUCCCUUUUCGACUGUUUUGUUAGCAGUAUCAUGUACAUUAUAUUCAUGUACUUGUUUUGUUCCUUCCCGUGAUGGUAUCUUCGUAUUAUUUUGCCGAUGCAA